CAGAGGUGAGCUCUUGUGUGAUAUCACAGAGAACCGCUAGAGCCACUGACGUGCUGUGAUUUCUGUUCAGCUCUCCUGUAUGUCGUGUCUGAUGAGUGGAGCGAGGAAGUGAAAUUGAUCGUUUCCCUUGACUGACUCGAUCUGGUGGAUAGUGGAUGACAGAGGUAAAACAGUGAUCUUCUACACUGGAUUGGCCAGAUAUUCCUGAAACCUCAUUGCUGUCUGACUGGGACUCUGCUAUCCACCAUGUCUUUGUAUAUCCAUAUACUGGCCUGUGCUUUCGGCUUGGGAUCCUGGGUGGCCAUUAAUGGACUGUGGGUGGAGUUACCACUAAUUGUAAAUGUUCUGCCAGAAGCAUGGGACUUGCCCUCCUACCUUACAGUCAUAAUCCAGCUAGCCAAUCUCGGCCCCCUCAUAGUGACCCUCGCUCACAAGCUGUGCCCUGGCCGAUUGCGUGAGAAUGUGGUGAUCUGUGUUGUACUGACCAUUGGUGUGGUGGUAUGCAUCCUCUUGACAGUGUUUUGGAGGAACACCACUGUGUUCCUGGGGGCGCAGAGGAGCACGGCCUUCUUCGUCCUUACGUUCUUCCUGGCCCUGGUGGACUGCACAUCUUCCGUCACUUUCCUGCCCUUUAUGAUGCAGCUCCCUGCCAAAUACAUCACCACCUACUUCAUUGGGGAAGGACUGAGUGGCUUUGUGCCUGGGCUGGUAGCUCUGGGACAAGGGGUUGGGAUGUUCAAAUGUGUCAACGUCUCUCAAACAUUGAGUAACCUCUCUCAGCCUGGGGAUGAAAGCUUUGUAGUGGAGACUCAGUAUCUCCCUCCCAACUUCUCCAUUGAGGUCUUCUUCUCCUUACUGGUAGUCAUGAUGGUAGUGAGCCUUGUUGCUUUCGCACUGCUAAACCGGGUUCCCCGAACCUAUGAACUUUCCACUGAAUGUCUGGUGCACAAAUCAGGCCCUGUAAAUUCAGUGUCUGGGGGCUUGGAUAACCCUGCAGUGAGCGAUCCAAAUCCAGAGAAAAAGACUCAAGAGGAUGAUGUCAAAGACCAGUCUAGACCACUGGUGGUGAAGCCAUUCUACUCUUGUUACGAGUUGGCCUUCAUUUACUUCAUGGUGGUGUGGAUGAAUGGCGCAACUAACGGUCUGCUGCCAUCAGUGCAGACGUACUCCUGCAUGCCCUAUGGAAAUAUGGCUUAUCAUCUGUCAGCUGCUCUGGCAUCAGUUGCCAACCCACUGGCCUGCAUUAUCGCCAUGUUUGCUCCCAAACGUUCACUGGUGUUCUUGGGUGUUCUGUGCCUGCUGGGUACUGGCUUUGGUGGGUUCAACAUGGCCAUGGCAGCCAUGAGUCCCUGUCCACUACUGCAAGGUUCAACUGUGGGAGAAGCUAUAAUAGUGCUGUCAUGGGUUUUCUUCACUGGCCUGCUGUCAUAUGUGAAGGUGAUGGUGGGCGUCAUUCUAAGGGACCAGAGCCACAAUGCCCUUGUGUGGUGUGGAGCUGCAGUGCAGCUUGGCUCACUGGUGGGGUCCCUCAUAAUGUUUCCUCUGGUCAAUAUUUAUCAUCUGUUUCAGUCAGGGGAUUUCUGCAGCACCAAGUGCCCAUUAUGAUCAACUCAUGUGGUGCUGGGAACAGUGCCACCAUGUGGUAUGGGCACAUACAGCUGAUGAAUGAUCAGUACAAUGUAGUACUUCACUUUGUACACUAUUGGUCCUGAGAUUUGCCUGUGCAAUAAUGUGUAAUUUCAAUGUAAUCUGUAAUUAAUGUCUGUAAUCCAGAAUUCAUGCAUAGGUUAAGGAAAAAAAAAUUGUUUCAGCAUUUUUGAUAUUGAAGUUUGAAUCUCCAUCUCCAAGGUUCUGUUGGAGAAUGACUUCUGAUAGUACACCAGCUUUUUAAAAUUUCAGCUCGGCUGAAACAAACAUGUAGUCUAGAAAACAAAAAGUAAGUUUUAGCCAAUAACUUUAGCCAAUAAGCUUGUCUUUGAUUAGGAGUCAUGUUAAGUGAGUAAAUUAAGAACUUGGUUGUAGAACUAAGGCCUUACAGUCACUUGAAUAAAACAAGUGAAUUUUAGCCUUUCAGGGGAAUUCCACUAAUUUUUCAAAAUUUGGUGCGAGAUGGUUCUUUGUAGAAAACUUGGAUUUAUUUACAGUGGUGAUAAGAACCUGGGGUAGUGGUGUGUACAAUGGAAAUAUAGCCAUUUUAUUUUUUAGGUAAAAUGACAAGUGAGCCUACACAUGCCUUCUGGGAUCUAUAUGUAGUGUUGAUGAUGGUAAAAUAGUGAUGCAUCUGAAAAAAGUAAGAUUUCUUUACGUAGUAUUUUGCCUUUUGUCUUCUCCACCAUGGAUGGAUUUAAAAAAGUAUGCUUUAGGUGAAAGCCUUGUUAAAACUAUCGUGAAACAGUGUCUCAGGCAUCUGGCAGUGCAUUAAUAACUAUUUCAUAUAAUAACUUUGUGAGGGAAUUUUUAGAGACAUUGAGCUCUUGAGCCAUCUGGUUCCUGUCGCCAUCACUGUGAACACUGUGAAAGGAGCAUUUCACAUCAAACCACUCUGAAUGACUUUGUUUAAAUCCUAAUCAUUAAACUGUGUGGAAAGUGUGUAAAAAAGUGAGCUGCUUAAAAUCUUUUCAAGAAAAUGUUUAAGUGGAAAGUGCAAAAAAAUAUAAUUGUUAAUAGAGUUUUAGACCCAAAGUUAGUUUAAGCACAAAUACAAAGUUAGAAUUUAGAUGUGUACCUUUUAAGUGUACACUUUAAGCUGUUAACUUAAGAUAAAUACUCAGUGUUUUAUGUAACUGGCCACUGCUGUGUGGCUAAUGAGAUUAUACUGAAUUGUACCGAAAUUGCACUGCACUGAAGUUAGCAUAAUGCAAAAUGUUAUUUUGAGAGUAUUUCUCUGGAUUUCUUUCACUGAAUUUCUUAUUUAGCAAUGCACUACAUUGUGCACUUAUGUCUGUUUAUUGAAAUGUUGCGUUUUCACAAUUUUGAAUCCAUGAUCAAUUAGCGUGCUUGUGUCUCUGACAAAUUUAAAGUAUCAUAAUAUUUAGACUGCAGGAGUGAUUAACAUAUGAUUUCAAACUUUUGUAAUUUAUUUGCAACAUGCAUUUAUUUCAGUUUGAAUGUGAAAGUAUGAACAGUUAUACGUAAUCAUUGAUUUUGCUUUGGAAAUCCUUUCAUCAGCGGUGACCUGAAUUUAUUAAACAAAUGAGCAAACACGA